GUCAACUUCGAGUCGGUUGACUCAGUUGAAGAGCAACUUCUGCACUACAAUUUCAGCGAGCCGGAAAACAAAAGUAUGGAAGCUGCGCCCGACGGAGACGAAUCAUCGGGGAGCAUUGAAACCCUAAACUCAUUUUACUCCGAAUAUCUGAGCAACCGAUUCUCCUCUUUGUUUUAUUCUUUUCCGUCAAAUUUUCUCGAGAAAAUCUCAAAUCUGUCUCGCCAAACGCUUCUUCCUAUCUCUACUAAACGCAGAGAUGGUUUCCCUCUCCCUUUGCCUUCCAGCUCAGUCGACUCCACUCGGACGACACCAGUGGCAUCGAGAAUUUAUGAAGUUUUAAAUGAUAUAAUGGAUCGCUUCAUUUUGAAUUUGCAUAAAAUUCAAGAGAAUUUGCAAUUUUGGCUAGCUAUAGCUGAGAGAUCUAAUGCAAGGAAAGUUUACUUCAUGAUUUUCGAGAGAGGGCCACAAUCUUUUGUUAAUGGAUCAGUUCAACUCAUGCGUGAAGCUUUCACUGAAGGAUUGGCAAUGCAAAACCUUUCCCAUUCUGCAUCUGUGUACAUCUCUGAAAGGAUUGCCGUCUUAUCUUCACUAAGGUGUUCACUUGCUGCUUUUCUGGCUCAGUUUUAUGUAGAUGUUGACAAAUGUGGAGAGGAGUUGGUAAAAGAUCCAGAGAAGUCAUUUCCCUCAAUAGCAUGCACUCUUAAUAGCUUAUUUUCUAAGUUGGAGGCAUCAAUUGGCCAUCUUCAUACGCUGCGUCAGAGCGGUUCUUCCGUUGAUGAAACCUAUUCCUUUGCUCUACUAUUUGAAAGAUUGCCAGAACUCAAUCGGGAAGAGUCUCAAUGGUCAAAUUCUGAAAUUAAUGAUUCUAUCAACUUGGUUUGUCAGAAUCUACAGGAACUGGACUCUUACUUAGCUUUCAUGGUAGCUAAACACCAAAAACCAAGUAAAGCAACUCGUUACUGGAUUCGGUAUACCUGUGGUGCUGUUGGCCUUUCAGUUUGUUCUUUCUGGCUCCUACGACAUAGUCGUCUGAUGGGAAGUUCUGACAUAGACAAUUGGAUUCAUGAAGCAAGGGAGUCUACAGUUAGCUUCUUUAAUGACCAUGUUGAGCAACCGCUUUUGGCAAUUAGAGAUGAACUUUUGGAUACAUUUAAGAAAAGACAGAAAGGUGUGAUGGAUAUGCAGGAAAUGCACUUGACUUCAAAUUCUCUCCACAGAAUGUUAUUGGCAUUCAGUGAGGAAACCAAAGGUACAAAAUUCCCAGAGAGUGCAUCAGAUCAGGAAAUGCUUGAGAUUGUUAUGUUAAGAUAUGAAAAGGAACUUAUGCAUCCUAUCCAGAAUCUUCUCCAUGGAGAGCUUGCUCAUGCUUUUCCAGUGCAGGUUCAGAAGUUGAAACUGGAUGUUGAGAUGGCAAUGCUUGAACUGGAUCAGAUUCUCAGAGCAAAUGAAAUCAACUUUGCAAUCCUAGCUGCCUUGCCAGCAUUCUUUCUGUCUCUUGGUCUGAUUGUAGCCGUGCGUGCAUGGUUUAGACAGGACACUAAAGCAGAAGGCAGGGGGAGAAUUGCUCGUAUCCAAAGGAGGCUACUUAUUGUGGAGGUUGAGAAAACAAUUUUGCAGUACCAGAUUUACCUUGACCAAGGGAUGGAAAACGAUUCCCAAUGCAUGUUCGGGCUGUUGAUUUAUUGUCUAGAUCGUUAUAAUUCUGUCAGAAGACAUGCAGAGGCAGCUGGUGAAUGGCAGUGCUUGAAACAGGAUAUAAUUGAUUUGGGAAAGCCUGGUCUUCAAACUUCUCACAAGCUAAUUGUGACGGCACGAAUGGAACGCUUGUACGACUGUUUGCUUCCUUCCCAAAAACGUCAAUAGAUCUUUACCUUUUGUCCAAAGGGCUAAUGCAAAACUUCCUUGGCCUUCUUGAAUUGUCGUCGGUUCAAAUUUUGUAGGGCAUUGCUUCAUUUUGGUAAACGGCUAAGGUUUGGUGCGAAUUUUCGCUAUGUUACUCGGAUUCAGAUGUGAAUGUCAUAAUCAAAUAUAUGUUCAA